UGGAAAAAGCAAUCCAGUCUGAGAUGCUGAGGCUGGUCUCUUUGCCACAUUAAUCUUUCUUCGUGGAUUUUAUGUAAGAGGCAUUAUUUGCAGGAAAACAAGAACACAGUUUUGAAGAAUUCCCUUCUCAUCUAGCCUCCCAUCUGCAGUUAUAAUACUCUAAUUGUGACCUCUGCUGUCGUUGCCAUGGAUGCUGAGCAGAAGUUUACAACCUCAAGGCAGGUCAUAGUUUCUGGGGGAUGAGGUGAAGCUGUAAGCAACAAAAAUCCCGGGUUUUCAGGAAAAGAGGAAGAGGAGAGAAGGCGCUGUCAGGAAGCGCCCCUCAGCGCUGUGUGCCAGCACUCUGCAGUUAGGAGGCACGUUCCACUUCACUUCUGCUUGCGUUGGGCAUGAGGAUGCUGGACUGUGGCCAUGGGGACAGGGGCAGGCGCAAAACUGCACAACUAAAGACCUGGAUUUUUUUCUGUCCCUCGGACCUGUUUCCUGAGAGGCUGGCUUGGUGUUCCACAUGCCUCUGGAGGCAAGCCUUCCAGAAUUCAGUAUCUUUUCUUGAACUGAUGGGCAUCUUCAGCCGAGAAUCCAGGGGGCAUCCACUGGAUGCUGCCUGCUUGACCUCUGGCAGUCCAGGUGGCUUCCGAGAGCCGCUGCCUCCCGUUCACUGCGGCAGGGCCAGAGGUCCCGCCGAGCCUCUCCUCCCUGUAGAAGCAAAAGAAGGGCGCGGGAGAGCCUUCGUGGGGUGCAAAAAUACAACAGAAGGCGCAGAACCCACCAGCGCCGUGGCCUUGAAUAUCAAUCUAUGGGCUGGCUCCGGACGCCUAAGUUCAUUAAAAAUGUCUCUGGCUGGGGGUCACUGGCAGACUUUAGGGGUUUCGGUUUGCUUUCUAUUUGGAAUCACCGCAUCACACAAAACAUGUUUACUUGGAAGGGGAGGGGCAGGGGGACCAAACCCACCUCUCGGCGCACAUGCCUUGAUCUCACAUUCCAGGCUCGAGCUGAUGUGUGUCAGCGCGACAUGGGGCGGGGGGAGGGUUCGCUUCGGGUGUUUCAUUCGCCGUCUGCACGUCACUCCCAAACUUUUCCUCCCUGCGCUGGGGGAGUCAGGUUGAUGUGCCCUGAAUACGGGGGCUUGAGGCGCCGGGCUGGGCGCGCUCCCGCGGAGCGGGGCCGCAGAGGCUCCCAGGCUGUACCCGGGCUUCUCAGGUAAUCUGAUAUUUUAAAGAUUUUGCUUGCCCCGAAGAGGAAGCAUUUCAAAGGAAUACAGCCUGUAAAAAAGGAAACCUUCAUGGGCAUCUCCAUGGAUGGUGUGCCAAACCGUCCCCCACUGAGGAGACCAUGAUGUCUUCUAAUUCCUUGGGUGUUUCCAUGUUUCCAGAGGAUCCUGCAUUUUGUGCCAUGGGAAAAACCUGAACAUCAGAAUUGCUCCUGAAGCUGCGGCUUGUCCCACAGCUGCGGUGGCCCUGAAGGAACAUGACAGUCGGAGCCCGCUCCCUUUGGUUGUCUUCAGAACGAGCCAAAGAACACGCUUCCGCAUUCUCUGGGGCUUUGGCUCCUGCUCAUUUUUAUGUUUGUUUCUGUUGCUCGUGCCUUCCAACCAUCUUAUGAAAUCCUAAGACAUCCUUGAAAGCUUUCCAGCACGAAUUGCAUGCUCCCGGGCUCCUUGGGGGCUCGCCCAUGGCUCGGUGGGCCAGCAGUCCAAGUGCAUUACCAUGAGGCACUGCGUUAACUGCUGCAUACAGCUGUUGCCCGGAGACGUGCAUGAACAGCAGGUCAGCUGCCGAGGAGGCCCUGGCCAUCGCAGUCUCCAGCAGUGCCCCACGUGCAAAGGAGAGAACAAAAUUGUGUUCCGUGUGGACGGUAAGCCAAUGAACUUGCUUGCUGUUCUCGAGGUAAGGGCCGAGGGGCACGAAAGCUGGGCCAGGCUUUUGCGCUUCAAAAGGGGGAAGCGAUGUAGCCUUGUUUUUGGAUUGAUGAUAAUGACCUUGGUGAUGGCAUCUUACAUCCUUUCUGGGGCCCACCAAGAGCUUCUGAUCUCCUCGCCUUUCCAUUACGGAGCCUUCUCCAGCAAUCCCAGCGUGAUGGAUGGUGAAAACCCGAGUGACCCAAAACAGCAUCAUCACCAACCCUCUGUAAACAAUAUUUCAUACGUGAAGGACUACCCAGGCAUGAAGUUGAUCAUCAACAGCAUCACAGCCAGGAUAGAGUUCACAACCAGACAGCUCCCAGACAUAGGAGAUCUCAAGAGGCAGGAGCUGCAUAUGUUUUCAGUAAUCCCCCCCAAAUUUCUUCCAAAUAGUAAGAGCCCCUGCUGGUAUGAGGAAUUCACAGGCAGGAACACCACUGACCCCUACCUGACCAACUCCUAUGCGCUCUACUCCAAGCGGUUCCGCUCCACCUUCGACGCCCUGCGCAAGGCCUUCUGGGGCCACCUGUCCCACGCCCGUGGGAAGCACUUCCGCCUGCGCUGCCUGCCCCACUUCUACAUCAUUGGGCAGCCCAAGUGCGGUACCACUGACCUCUAUGACCGCCUCCGGCUGCACCCAGAGGUGAAGUUUUCUGCCAUCAAGGAGCCACACUGGUGGACUCGAAAGCGGUUUGGAAUCGUGCGCCUGAGAGAUGGGCUUCGGGACCGCUACCCCGUGGAAGAUUAUCUGGACCUCUUUGACCUGGCUGCACACCAGAUUCACCAAGGACUGCAGGCCAGCUCUGCGAGGGAGCAGAGCAAGAUGAAUAGAAUCAUUAUUGGGGAGGCCAGCGCCUCUACCAUGUGGGAUAACAACGCCUGGACAUUCUUCUACGACAACAGCACGGAUGGGGAGCCACCCUUUCUGACUCAGGACUUCAUCCACGCCUUUCAGCCAGAUGUAAAACUAAUUGUCAUGCUCAGGGACCCUGUGGAGAGGUUGUACUCAGACUAUCUCUACUUUGCAAGUUCGAAUAAAUCUGCCGACGACUUCCAUGAGAAAGUGGCCGAAGCCCUGCAGCUGUUUGAAAACUGCGUGUUCGAUUCUACGUUGCGGGCCUGCGUCUACAACAACACCCUCAACAACGCCAUGCCUGUGAGGCUCCAGGUCGGCCUGUAUGCCGUGUAUCUUCUGGACUGGCUCGCAGUUUUUAACAAAGAUCAGUUCCUCAUCCUUCGCCUGGAAGACCACGCGUCCAAUGUCAAGUCCACCAUGCACAGGGUCUUCCAGUUUCUCAACCUCGGGCCCUUAAGUGAGAAACAAGAGGCCCUGAUGACCAGGAGUCCUGCAUCCAAUACGCGGCGCCCCGAGGACCGGAACCUGGGGCCCAUGUGGCCAGUCACACAGCGGAUCCUGCAGGACUUCUACAGACCUUUCAAUGCCAGGCUGGCCCAGCUUCUCGCCGACGAGGCGUUUGCAUGGAAGAAGACGUGAGCUCCGACUGCUGCCAGCAUGGCCCGUUGUCCAUUAUUACUGUGAUGUCAAACGCCUCUCUGUGGGGAACCCUUUUACUCACAACACAGAGCAAACCCAGAGAUUCCAGUCUUCUGUACCCUCCUGGGUUCAUGUCUGUUGUGACCAUUUCAGAAUUUCCUUUGUGAUGUUAACCAGCCUGGCCUUGACCCAUCACACAGCUCCUCCAUCCCAGGCCAUCAGAAACUCCGCUUCUGGAAGAAUUCCCUUUGGCCCCGGAGCUCCUGGGAUGAGGCCAGGGGGUGCUGGGCUGGCGCCGAGGGAGGCAUCAGUCUGGGGUUGACAGCUCUGGGAACCAAUCAAAUACGCGGAAGGCUGUGGGGCUUCCUGGAGCUUACACUUCUGUUCAGUUUUGAAACACUGUUCUGGACCUCCUUCCAGCCUGAUCUCGAGGACUUUGCUUAUGUUUAACAUAGAAAAUGAAUGGGUUUGAAACAAACCACUUUCUGCAUUUCACAAGCUGUAGCUCUCUUUUCUGCUUCUUUAGAUGUUUUCUCAAGAGUUUAUUCAGUUUAUAAUCAGACUAUAAAUUCAGUUUAUAAUUGGAAGGGAAAUUUUUGCUGUGAAUGCAGACCUAGCAACGUAAGGACUUGCACACUUCCUGGAAAAUCUAGGUGACUCAGGCCCUCAUGCUCACAAGGUCAUCAGAACCAGACGGUGUUCCAAGUUUUGAUUCUCGUUGCUGAUAAGGCCUCAUUGCUCUGCCGUGGAAUGCCCUGGAAUGAGCUUAUUGCCCACGUGUGGUCAGAGGCCCUUACUCAGUUCACAAACUACAAGAUGGGCUGAUUCAGAAACACAAUGCAUGAACUAUACUUGGGCCAAAUGUGGCAUGCUGAGAUUCUUAAUGGAACUUUUUGGCACCUCCCUUGACCAAUGGAUGGGCCAAUGGUCUUGUCGUUUCUUGGAGGUGAUGGAGAAAGAUGGAUGAGACAGUGGGGCCCACAUGGCACAGCACUGCAGGGAAUCCCCAGCGGAGCUUCACUCGAGUGUUGACAAAGGAAGUGUGCGAACCCAAGCUCUCAGAGCAGGUCCUGUCCACCGAAGGAGGAAAGCACAAGUGCCUGCAUACCACCAUCUCGUGGGUGUGAGGAUGUGCCCCGCUGCCCCCCAGCACUGCUGUCUCUCUGCCAUCAGAGAUGGAUGCACAGCUCACCGGAAGGCGUGCAGAGGGCUCUCAGUACUGGUGCGACCCGGCUGUUUCUGCUACUGAAUGAGCUGUGUGUCCUGAACACCCAUUUUCAGGGACAGUCCCCUCUUUCUCUGUAGCCGGCACUUGGAACAGCAGCCAGAAGGGAAAUCUGGCCUGAGCGCAAGGGUGCUGUAGGGAGAUAUCACUUCAGUGUGUGUGUGUAUUUAUUGGCAGUACAGAGUGUGUGUAUGUGUGUUGGGUGCAUUUUCUGAGUGGGUUCCUUUAGUUCUGUUGCUAAUGAGGCUCCUCUGCUCUGGAUACAACCCUUUCACGGAUUAAUUUCUCUGCCAACGAACUCACCAUUUCAGUACAUGUUUUGCAGUUCCACCCCAACCGUAACUAUCACAAAGGAUUUUUCUUACGCACUCUAUGCAUGUGAAUAACAUGUAGUGUAAUUCUGCUUCUUACAGAAGUAUUACUGAAGGUAUUGUUUCCAAUAUUACUUGGUGCAUCGUACAAGUCUUUUCUCUGUGCAGGCCCAUCCCUUCUGUGCCCAUCAGGGCCAUCCGGACACAGUUUCUCCCAAGGGGCCUUUCCUCCAAAGGGCACGUCUAUCACCUUGCUCUCUCAUUCGAGGCCUGGUUCUUGCUGACGGCAUCGGUGCUGUUCUCAAGCAGUGGCCCUACAGCCUGUCAUCUGAAACCAAAGCAAAAUGGAGCAUUUCUCAUGACCUGGUAUUGAAGUUCCUUUGUGUUCCCCAAAGCCGUGUAUUGGAUUGUAUUAAAUUGUACUCCCUUAGUCAUGUAAGGUAUGUGAAGUGAGCCACACAUUUGCUGUACUUUUAUUCAUAUUUAACAUAAUUAAAUGUGGACCCUGAGUCUGGUCCGUGGGAGUGCCUGCCCUUCCACGCCGCCGCAA